AGCAUUUUGCAUAGAUCAAUGACAAAGAAUGACAAUGAAAUCUAUUUCAACCCCACUUUCUAGCGCAUCAUAUUGUGAAAAUAAAGUGAAAGGGAGAGUAGACUUUCUAUAGGCUCUGUAAGUGUUAGCCACGUCAGACAAUACACUUAAAACACAGAAGAUAUAAUGGAAAUUAUAUACACAUUUCCCCCAGCAGUUCAAGGGUCUCAGAUUUCAAUUUACAGGAAAGUCUAUAUUUACUGAAGAGCAUUUAUGAUAAGACAAUAUGUAUGUUAAUUAAUAUCUACCCAGAAAUGCUAAUUAGAAUGCUAUUGGAAGAUAUUCCUGGAUAAAUUAAGUCAUAAGAGAGGUUAUUGUUGUUCAUGUGAUCUUCAUGUGAUCUGAUCUAGUAACAGUGUGAAAGAGUGAUUGUGGGAGGUGUAUCUGAUCUGCUCUUCCAAAAAGAGAAGUGUUGCCAACCACGAAUUGACGUUGACACAUUUAAAUCGACCAAUCUCUUUAUCUGACACUUUGUUUUAGCCGAAAGGUGAAUAUUGGGGCUUACACCACUAUAUAUACACCUGCACAAGUACAUCCAUCUCACACAGACAGUGGUCAGACACUGCUUGCCUUGUCUGAAGUUUACACUCAAAUAUACAAAAUGAGCUCACUGGAUAAUGACAUCAACCAGCACUUCCAGGAUGCAAUUGAUGUGAUUCAACGGCACUCUGACGAUCCGUAUUGUGAUACAGAGUAUAAGUACUUUGAGCCUCCAAUGCGAUCGAGCAUAAUGUGCUGCUACCCCAUCACCCACCCUUCUGAUGUGCCAGGGCCAUAUGACUGGAAUGAGCAGACGUCAUGGCCUCAUGUUGUUCCUUACGGCUCACUGGGUCCAUCUGUAACCAUGGACUACCCCCAGUUCUACUCCAUCGCACCGCCACCGAGGAGCGGCAAAGGUCGCAAGAAGCUGCGUCUUUAUGAGUACCUGCAUGAGGCUCUGGGCGAUCCCAACACGGCUGACUCCAUCCAGUGGACGGACCGUGGCAGCGGCACCUUCCACUUCAUCUCCAAGAACAAAGAGAAGUUGGCCGAGUGCUGGGGCAAGCGCAAGGGCAACCGCAAGACCAUGACCUAUCAGAAGAUGGCACGGGCGCUGCGCAACUACAGCCGAACGGGCGAGAUCGUAAAGGUGCGCCGCAAACUCACCUACCAGUUCAACCCGUCGAUCAUCCAGAGGCUUGGGGGCAUCAGUCACGUCAUUCCCCCCGCCGGGCACCCCGGGGCUGGCCACCCUGGGCGGGAGGUGCUCCUCCACCAGCAACAUGCCCCAGCUGAACAGGCUUACUAUGGCUCUGCUGCUGCACCUGACUGGCACAACUGGUAUGGACAUUACUCCCUCCAGGGAGACUGUGAUCUUGCCACAAGCUUCACUUCAUCCACAGUCACCAAGGCGUGAACUCAGGUAAUGUCACUGUGGAAAAUAACAGAGGUUAAAAGCUGCUUUAGCUAGCUGUCAAUUCAUACGGCUACUCCCUCAUUCUUCUGCGGGGGCCUACAACUGGGCCUUGUUAUGCAGCCAUUGUGUUAUGGGGGUCAGGAAACGUAACGAAACAUAAAGAAAUGUAAAAAUGUUUACUCUCCGUUAGUUAUGCCAUUUAAAAGAAAAUGUAAUGACCAUUGAUCAGGUA